AUGCCGUCGCCGCCGAAGCCAUGGGAGCGAGGCAACGGCGCAUCGACGACGACAAUGCCAUCAGGGCACGGCCAAGGCGGCGAUCCUGCCCGCUGUCCGGCUGUCAACCCAUCAGCGGCAACCGGCGUGACUCAGACGGCUUCUGCUCUCGACAGCAGUGUUCCUGCUCUACCCGCGCGGCCAGCCACCAUGACGGCUGCCGGCUCGCAAGCAGUGACGCCCUAUGGCGCGGCUAACUCGGCUUAUUCUCCCUACGGUGGUGCCGCAUCUCGAUACGGUUCAACGAUGGGCACCAUGGGAUCCUACGGCGGCUACGGCUCAUCCUACACCUCACCUUAUAGUCGCAUGGGCUCAUCUUACGGCGGAAUGGGCAUGGGAAUGGGCGGCUACGGUGGCUAUGGUGGUAUGGGUGGUAUGGGAGGCUAUGGUAUGGGUAUGGGUGGAUAUGGCAUGGGCAUGGGCGGAUUUGGCGCAGGGAUGGGCAUGCCAGGCGGUCCAGGCGAUCCCUCACUGACCCAACGGAUGGAGGCGGGCACACAGGCCACUUUUCAGAUCAUCGAGUCCAUCGUGGGCGCAUUCGGUGGGUUCGCACAGAUGCUCGAAUCGACUUUCAUGGCGACCCAUUCGUCAUUCUUUGCCAUGAUUGGCGUCGCCGAGCAGUUCGGUCAUUUGCGGAACUACCUCGGUCAGGUACUCAGCAUCUUCACGCUCAUACGGUGGCUGCGUUCCAUGCUCAACCGUGUCUUGGGGCGAGAAGAUCCGUUGGCGCUCAUGCCUUCGGGCAAUUCUGGCCAGCUGACAGCAGACGGCUUCAGGGCGUUCGAGGCGACAGGACAGGUGGCCGGUCCUUCUAUGCCUGGCCAAGCCGGCGUCCGGCCAUCACGCAAGCCGAUCGUGAUGUUCUUCUUGACCGUUGUCGGACUGCCGUACCUCAUGAAUCGCUUCGUGCGCAUGAUCAACGCAAGACAAGAGGAAGAAGCCAGGUUGAGAGGCGAGCUACCGCCUGGUCAACAAGGACUACUCAUGGGACCGGAUGGACAACCCCUGCCAACACACAUGCAACCACCACACGUACAGGGACUACCGGGCGGUGCACCAGAAGCGAUAGACCCUGCCACGCUUACCUUUGUGCGAGCUGUUCAUCCACAUACGACACAAGAUCCACUCGAACUCAACUUCAACUCGAACGAUAUCAUUGCCGUCCUGACACCGCCCGCAGAAAGGCAAGAGCCUGGCUGGUGGAGGGGUAGAAUGAGAGACGGAAGGAUAGGCUGGUUCCCGUCCACGCACGUUGCCGAGCUGCCGUCGAACAACAAGGUAGCGGACAAGCCUGUCAAGCCUGUCAAUGACAGCAAGGAUCAAGGCAAGGGUGCAGGAGAUCCGCCUGCAGGUGGCGGUCAUGGAGCGAUCAAGUCUGCAUGA